AUGAGUGUUUGGGAGAAACUUGAAGAUCAGUCAAACGAGCUUAUAGCUAAGUCUAACUUCAAACAAUGUUAUCAGACUAUUGAUCAAUACAAGGCCAGAUAUCCAAAAUCCAUUUAUCUACAGAUUUUAGAAUCUUAUGUGAGGUAUAAACAAUCUCCAAGUAAAUUCAACUUCGAGACUUCAUUAUUGGCUGCCUAUGGCGAGAAAGGAACAUCAUAUACCAUUGAUCAGGAUGCGCUAAAUUUAUUACAUAAAUUUUUCUUCGAAUUGGAAAAAUACGAAGACGCAUUACAUGUAUUUGAGAAGUCUAAUGCUAAACAGCCAGGCUUUGAAAUUAGUUACCUGUGGUUUGAUCGUGCUUUACAAGAUUGUAACUUUAAACAUUUAGGAAAAGCAUCAUUACAAUUAUCAAAGUUUCCUAAGGAUAGUGUGCAUCAGCCUCGUGAAUAUUAUUUUUGGAAUGCCAUUACUACAGUAGCCUUGUUUAAAUUCCAAAACUACAGAUUGUCAUCACAAGAGAAAUGCAUUUUACCUUUGCUAACUUACAAGAACCUUUGCAAUGUAAAACCAUUUAAAAAUAAUGAAGAAAUAAUUGUGUUUUGUACAGUUUGUGAGACAUUAUUCCCAGAUGAUGUCGAAAAAUCUCAAGAAAUUUGCAAAGAAAUAUUACCUUACUUUGAUGAUUCUGUAGAUUUAUAUCUAAAAAACUUUUUUUUGAAACAUGUUGAAAAGAAUAAUCACACUUUAAUCUUUGAUACUUGCUCCAAGAUUUUAAAAAGUUUGGAUGAUUAUGAACUUAUGAAACGGAUAGUGACCUCUGGAAAAGCAUUAGGAAAAUCACAACAAGAUCUAUAUGACUUAAUUGAUGGAUUGGUUAGUACUAAAUCCAGAAAUGGAAGAUUAAUAAGAUUUGAGAUCGAUUUAAUGUAUGAUAAAAUUAUUAGUGAACAAUCUUUGAAAUAUUAUUUGGAGAGGUUCCACAAUAGACCAUGUUGUGUAACUGAUAUCAUCCACUAUAGAAAUAAAAUUUCCAAUGCAGAGCUAAUUUCUGAAGUUUUCGAUUCCUUUAAAGAAUUAAAUGAUGAAAUACACGAUUCAAACAUUGUUAAGUUGGGAUUAAAGAUGAAUAAGCAAGUUCAAUAUUACAAUAAACACAAAGCUGGUAUGAAAAAUAAACCAAAAACUGAUUAUUCUCUAUGUUCAACAUUUAUUCUUGAUUUAAUUAAAAAAGAUAUCCUUGGCCCUUCAAUGACUUUAGAGGAUUCUAUCUUUGUUAUAUCCAUGCUAGAAAACUAUCAAAAGGAGGACCCUAAUAAUUAUGACACUAAAGUAUGGCUGAUUGCAAUGUAUAUGUAUCUAGGUUUAACACCAAUGGCAUACUCAUAUUAUCAAGACUUAAGUGUGAAAAAUGUACAAGUUGAUUCCAUGGAUUAUUUAAUAUAUUCCCGUUUCAGUUCUUUAUUUCCACAUAAGCAACAUGACUAUUUGAAUAAGACUCUACCAGAACACGAUGCAUUAUAUGAUAAUUCCUUAAGUAGAAUAUCUCAAUUUAUUAGUAUUUCGUUUGAUAGAAAAUCAUAUAGUAAAAUCCUUGGGAUGUUUGAAUUCCAAGACCGUCUAUUGAAAUCCGUUGGAAGAUUUAGUAAAUUAUGUGACGGUAUCAACAUGACAUAUAUCUGUAACGAUAAACGUACUGCUUUAAUCGAAUCCCUACGUGGCAUUUUAAGACAAAUUGAAUCUACUGGUGAUUCUCAAUUAUCUGAUAAUAGAGACUGGUCAAUAUAUGGAUUAUCAGAAGAAUUAGAUAAGACAAAUGUUCCAGAAUGUUUAUCUGUAUUAUCAAUAGAUAAUGAGUGGAUUAUUUAUAAUUUAAUCAAGAUAUUCAUGAUUGAUGCUAUUCCAACUGGGAAACAAUCAGAUAUGGUAAAUAAACUACUAGGUAUGUUAACUGAGGGUUCAGACGUUUCAAAACAUAUGACUGCUGCAGAAAACAUCUCGUUUAAGAUUAUCAAUGAUAUAUAUUACAAUAAUGCAUUAAAUCUUCCCAGCUUAUUAAAUGAUAUUUCCGCCGAGAAUAUUAAUCCUACUACAUGGAGAGGGAGACAGACGUAUCUAACUCAUAUAUCCACUUUAAAGACUCUGGAUAAUAUGAAAAGGAUCAAAGAUAAGGAACAGAAAACACGGAUAAAACAGAAGCUUACUGAGUUGAGAAACCAUUGUGAUGAGUUAUUCAAAACAUAUAAAGAACAAAUUGUCUCUGCCUGUGCCAGUUUGAAAACAGGUGAAAGACAUGAUAUCCUUACAUCGUUAGGGUAUUCUCCAUUGGGUCCUGAAAAUCUGACUGCCAGUAUUGUGGAAGUUCAAAAAGCGAUCAGAAAUUUAUAA